AUGCGUCUGGUGAAGCUAGCGUCCUCGAGCAAGAUAGUCGGGGAGGAUAGCAUUUAUCGUAACCAGGACCAGCGUUCCACGAUAAUAAACGCGUUCGUCAUGGAAAUCUCGGUAUACUUGCUUUACGUGACGACGUUGCUGGGCAUUGUGACCAGCGACAAGUGCGCCGUCGAGUGUUCUUGCAAGUGGAAGAGCACGGUUGAGUGUAUAAAUCGUGCCCUGACUAGCAUACCGGAGUGGGUCGAUCCGGAGACGCAAGUGUUGGACACCAGUGGCAACGACAUUCGGACCCUGCCGAGCAACAUCUUCGUACGUGUACGCUUGACGAAUCUACAGCGUCUCUACCUACGCGAGUGCCAUAUCGACCGAAUCGAUAGCGAAGCACUGGCGGGCCUUACGAAUCUGGUAGAGCUCGAUCUAAGCCAUAACCUCUUAACCGUAGUCCCUACUGCCAGUUUCUUGGAUACGCCGUUCCUCAGGGACCUCGUACUCUCUAACAAUCCUCUCAAGAAGGUUCACUCGCACGCGUUCAAGAGUACACCGAAUCUUGUCAAGUUGGACCUGUCUCACACGCAACUGUCUGAGAUCGAGGCGAAAGGAUUCCGGGGUCUCGAGCUGUUGGAAAGUCUAAAAUUAAACAACAAUCAGUUAUCGACCCUGCAUCCGGGGACAUUCGAACCGUUGAACAAACUCACCAACAUAGAACUGCACGACAACCCCUGGACCUGUGAUUGCCAUUUACGCGAGAUGAAAAUGUGGUUGGUGAAGCACAAUCUACCGACCCUUCAAGCACCCCUUUGCCAUGCCCCGAAACAGUUAUUGAAUCGAACUUUUACCGACUUGGGUAUCGACGAUUUCGCCUGUCGACCGAUCCUUUUGAUAGCCAGUCGCUACGCAGAGGCAACCAUAGGAGAGAAUGCCAGUAUCGUGUGCCGGGUUAGCGCGAUACCACCGGCCAAAGUGAAGUGGUACUGGAAUGGACGUCUAUUGACUAAUCAUUCAGCGUUCAGUAGUUAUCAGAAGAUCUUGAUCUUCGAGGAGGGUCAGUUUAGAAAAAGGAGCACGCUGGUACUUACAAACGCUCAGGAAGCGGACUCCAGCGAGUUUUAUUGCGUCGCAGAGAAUCGUGCCGGCAGUGUUGAGGCGAAUUUCACGCUUCACGUGUCCUUGAGGACCGCUGGCAUGUCGACCCUCGGUUCCGGUCAAAUCGCCGGCAUAUCCGCCGCCCUGGUCGUGCUGAUUCUCUUCAUACUUCUCAUCAUUCUCGUGUUGUUCAUUCGCCUACGAAGAAUGCCACUGAAAGACGUCAAGUCGGCUGUUCCCGCGGAAGGAGUGUCGGCCGAUAGUACAGCUGGAAAUAACGAAAAUCCUUCGUCAGCGACGUCUACUACUCGCAGAAAACACGAAGAGAUAGAAACCACGUCGUUCGGGGUGGAAUCGAAACCACCGGUAUCGUUAAACCUGAGCUACGUUCAGAGACCUCAAGCAGCGAUGUUGCAGACGGAGAACGAGUAUGGCUCGAUCGGACGUUUCGAUGAUCAAAGCCAACAGCCUUCGGUAAUGGUCGCACCAGGUGCCUGUUUCUCCUCUACCACGUCCCUGAUGCCGAUCGACAAUCCUGAUCUUAUCAGGGACACGCGACGUGGUUCGGCGGAAGACAUCACUCCGUACGGCGGAGCGGACUACAGUCGCAUGGAAGUAGUGGACGACGCCAAGAUCCUUUACUCGAGUUGUAUGUGGGAGGCGAGGGAUACGUGUAGAACAACAGUUCCGGUGAGCACGUACCCUUCGAAGGAAGCCUUGGCUGUAGUGGCGCCUAUGGUCGAACAAUUUCCGCCGGGUGCAAAGCAAAUAAGAGUCUGGCAGAAAGGAGUUCCGGUCUUGCCACCGGUCUCGGCGUUGAAACGCGUCCUUGGCUCGACGCGUAGCUCCCCCGACGAGGGCUAUCAAGAAGGAACCGGGACAGAUGUCUAGGUACCGCUGCUUCAUUACUGUGACGCCCGGCACCGUUACCUGGAGCUUCGUAGACGCCACCAGGACGACACCGACUGCUGAGAGACGUCCUGUCCAGUGCCGGACGAGCGGUAGUGAAACGAAAAUUCUUGAUUUAUUAAAUAUCGAACUCC